AGUAUUAUAAGUAACAGCCAUGGAUAAUGAAGCAUAGGCAAAGCAUUUUGUGAUUUUGUAUUCUUAUCUUACUCAUUUUUCAAAGCCCAAUUACCCAUUUUCUCAAGUCCAGCAAAGAUGGGACAAGCCUGGGGAAAUUUGCAGAGCACAUUCAAAUCUAAGAUACCAGAAGAGAAAGUGAGAGCUAUCAUAGACCAUAUAUUUGAUCGUGCAAUUAAAGAUGCAAAGGAUAGAGCUAAGUCUAAGGAUCCUUCAUCACCACAGAUAGAAAAAAAUACUCUCACCUUUGAUGAGAUGCAUUCUGCAAUAGUUCAAGUCUUCCAGGAACUGAACAAAAAUAUUCCUGGUGCCAAGUAUGCUCCUCCCACAAAGGAUCAGGUCGCAGAAAUGCUCAAGAAUUUUGAUACAAAUGAAGAUAAGCAGAUUGACCGUGAGGAGUUUUCAAAAUUUGUACAAAAGUUCACUGUAGAUCUGGUGCGCAUAUAUGCAAAAGAGUUGCUGAUAAUGACUGUAGCAAUCCCUGCAGCAGCCCUAGUGACAAAGAGGGCUACCAGGGGAGUCCCUUUUCUGGGUAACCUCGUUGCCAAAAUACCCACUACAGUUUUUGUAGCUGGUGUCACAUCUGCAGCUGUGGUCUUAUUCAACAAGUAAUUUCUUGUAUCAGCCAACAUAGAUAUUUGGGAAAUACAUUAUUCUCAGCUGCUGUAAUGGAAAUAAGAGUUACUUUAAUGCUUGAUAUUUGUUGCUUUGAUGCCAAGAAAUGGGCAUGAGGAUUCUUCAUAAAGAAGAAACUUUCUUUAUUGUAUACAUUAUUUUUUAUCAACUUCGUCAAUAUACAGAAGUAAAUAAAUAAUUGAGACCGUUGAAAUGUGA